UACUUUCACAGCCCUUUAACCUUCUCCGCUACCUUAGCUGCAUAUGUUUCUAUUUUUUACCCGUAUUUUCACGCUAACUGCAUUUAUGAUAUUGCUAACUGCAUGCCUCCACUCAUUCCACGGCCUCGCUACACAAGACUUCCUAUUGUCAUUCCUUUUCUGUCCAUCUGUCUAAUGCAACAGUUGACUAGUAUUUUCAAUCAUUUGUAUGUCUAUUUACUUUUUCAUUUAACUAUUCAUUUGUUUAUUCAUGACGAGACAAGAAGGGUGUGAGGCGUGGACACUGCAUAUCAGAGAAGACGAGGGGCUGGUAGGGACACAUUGGCCCUUCACGUCAACGCUCUUUCUGUCAAAAGUUCUAAAUUCAGGGGAAACACUUCAGAGCACAAACAAGGCUUCAUAGUAUGCUCAUUAAGACAAAAGUAGAAGCCAGUCACUGAGAUUAGUAUAGUCAACGCUGAGAUCUUAGCAAAAAAAUACAAAAAGAAAACCAAAUCAUUGUAGGGUCGACUAAAGCAGAGAAAUUAACUCCAUUCUAUCACGGCUCAUACGCUAAUCAAAAACAGUGAAUCAGUGACAUCUCCAACCUCUCCACGAUGACCAAUGCUGCCAUCCUCGCCCACCAGCUCACCCAGGCACGCAACGAACUCAACAACCUAAGGAAAACGAUCCGAGGGCUGCAGGCAGAGCACCGAAAAGAUGUUUGCCAGCUGAAGGAGAUGAUGGCCAGGACCCACAUGCUCCCACCCACUCCCCAGUCUCCACUGCAGCCUGCCAAUGUCCCCCCUGCAGGCCCCUGCCGAGACUGGGAAGCAAUAGGCCACAUCAGAUCCUGGUUCCACACUAAGAAUGGCACGCCCCGACAAGGCAGUGUGAGCAGCCUGACCCGUGGUGUGCUCAGGCUGGCCCCACACACCUUCACUAACCCUCACCAUGCACUCCAGGGGCUCCAGGAUUUCUCCCAUGUUUGGAUUCUUUUUGUAUUUGACAAGAAUGAGGGGAGUAAAGGCCACCGGCGGUCCAAGGUGGCACCUCCCCGACUGGGUGGGCAGCGGGUGGGGGUGUUUGGCACACGCUCCCCCCACCGUCCCAACCCUCUUGGUCUGACACUUGCACGCCUUGACAGAGUUGAAGGGGAUUGUCUUCACCUGUCAGGCCUUGACAUCCUGGAUGGGACACCAGUGCUGGACAUCAAGCCUUACAUCCUGCAGUAUGAUGCUCCACCUGUCAUUGCCUCACAUCUUGCCAAUUGUCACUCAACAGUUCCUACCAAGCAAGAUGAAGAUGCAGAUUCCUUACCUCUUGGACAUUGCAUUGAGGGUGAAAAACAUAGCAGUAACCAAGAGAACCAGGAUAAAUCAAGUUCUCAGAUAGAAACUGGAAGAAUAACAUGCAGUAAAAGUGGAGUUUCGUUGAACAAGCAAACACCAGAGAACUACAACAUGAGAUUAACAAAACUGAGUGAAAUAGCUGCCACAAAUGAAGACUCAAACAGGACAUCAGGUGAUAUAAGUGCCAGUAGAUCACAGAAACAAGACAAUUUGAUCUCAGAAGCAUGUGGAGAGAAAUAUAGUGAGAUAGAGGGACAUGUUCUUGAUCAUGUAAGGGGAAUGGAUGCAAGUGAAGCGGGAAGCAAGGAGAAAGAGACACAUGUUCCUGAUGAUGUAAGGAAACUGUCACUGUGUGAGGAGGGUAAGCAGGAGAGUGAAGAGGGAAAUACAGUGGUGAUAGCUUCCUGGAUCACAACACCUCCCACUGCCUCCCUUCAAGUGUUGUUUAAUCCCAUAGCAGAACAGCAGCUUCUAGCCUUCUCUUCUCAGGCUGAGGAUGAAAACUACAGACUUGAGUACCUGUCUGGUGGGGGGGAGUUGAGACAGGCCAUUGCCAGUGUGCUGCAACAGGACCCUCGCUCAGACUAUCGCCGCAGGAAGUGUGCCUCCCUCCUAUAUUACUUCUCUGUGGACACUGCUCACAUCACUGCCUGGUUUGAGGGUACUAGUGCUGAGGUGCUGAGAGUCCAGUCACUCACCACUAUGUCUCAUGUUUCUCAAACAGAAUGACCUUAAUUCUCUUUCAUCAUUUGAUUUUUUUGUUAUUCAUGUUUCUUUUUUUAUCAUGUGUUGGCAUAUGAAAUAAUCCUUUUUUCUCUUACCUCCUUCCCCUUUUAACUCUGUAUGUAUAUUGUUUUUUUUUCCAGUCACUUAUUAUGCAAGUUAAUUUUUUUUUUUUUUUUUUUUUCUUCCUACAAAUCUUGUACUUCAUGUAUAAUGUUUUUCCUUGUGUUGUCAGGUGUUAAUAAAAUAAAAAAAAACUUUUAAA